GGUAGAAGUUGACUAGAAGAAAUUGUCAUUUGACUCCGAAGAAAGGCAAGUCAAGUAACUAAAGGGUAAAUUUGUUGAAACUGUGAAAUACUGAAGAGGAAUUUCUUUUUUUUUUCUUUCUUGUACACUCCAUUAUUUUUAUUUUGGAUCUUGAGUUAUGCCCCCUCCCUAUAACCCAACCCACAUACCCAUCCGAAUAAUCUUCAGAUGAAGCUUUCUUCUCUAACUAUCCAUAAUAUCCAAUUUUUCUGAAGAAAUUUAAAUAGUAAAAAAUCCUUCCCCCAAAUUUCAAAAUAAAUCACAAAACAUAAAGAACACUACUAUAUAACAAGAAUUGAUGUUCCAAUCCUCUUUGGUGGUUAUGAUUCUGCUCUCGCUAGGUCUGCUGUCCCAAAACAUUCUGCGAUUGGCCUCUCUCAAAUCUGAUGUGCACCCUUCAAACUAAAUCACACUAACGCCUUGAAGCUCUACUCCGGCGAAGUUGUUCGGUCUCCCCGUGGAACCGGAAGCCCAAUAAAGAUAAAUUCCUCCACGAGUAUCUUCUCUUCGACGAUUUUCUUAUGGAAAUAUCCAUCAUUAUCUUCAAGCUGUGAUUUGAAUUUUGAAGGGAAAAAUUACAAAAACUCCAGGUUUUGGUUUUUCCAUUCUUUUUGGAUAAUCUUCGUUACCCGUUUUUGGUUUUUGUUAGCGGCACAAAUGACAAGAAGCAUUUUUUGUGUUAGUUUUCCAAAAUUGCCCCCACGGUAAUAAAUUACCAGAUUCACAACGUUAACUUCUACCAGACUUAAUUCCUUACCACGUGUCAGCGUUUUAUUCGUUGGUCAAAUCUAAGCCAUUGUUAGCCACCAAAACUCAUGCCACCAGAUAUGUCACCUUUUAAAUAUGUGCAUAUAGCAAAUAUAAGUAGUUGGAAAACUCUUAAGAAACUAUAACAGCUAGAUCAAAAUCUGAGGACAACAUGAGUGUUCCAACUGUGCUAGUAUUACCAUUACCAGCUCAAGGACAUAUCAACCCAAUGAUGAUCUUGUCUCAAAGAUUGGCUGAAAAUGGUUGCAAUAUCAUCUUUGUCAACAAUGAAUUCAUCCAUAAGAAAGUGCUGAGUUCCAUGGGGAAUCAAGAAGGCGGCGUUAACCGACAAUCGCGGAUAAAGUUGGUGUCAAUGCCGGACGGGUUAGGGUCUGAUGCAGACAGAAAUAAUUUCAGGGAAGUAUUUGUUUCUAUAAAGAAGAACAUACCAGCUAUGCUUGAGAAGCUAAUUGAAGAUCUUAGAUUGAAAGAUGGUAUCAUAGUAAGCUGCGUAGUUGCUGACUCAGCUAUGGCAGGAGCGUUGAAAAUUGCAAGCAAGAUUGGAAUCAAAGGAGUUGUGCUCUAUCCUGCGUCAGCAGCUAUGUUAGCCUUGGAUUGUAGCAUACCGAAGCUUAUUGAUGAUGGGAUCAUAGACUCUAAUGGGUUACCAGUCACACAAAAAACGUUUCAAUUAUCACCAAGUUUUCCACACAUGGACACAGGAUCCAUAUGGUGGGCAAAAGGGGUUGACUCUGUAUUUGGGAAUGUGAUAUUUAACAAUGUUGUUGAUGCCAUGCAAACUCUGGAAUUGACAGAGUGGUGGCUUUGUAACUCCACACCCGAUCUUGAACCACAAGCAUUGUCCUAUGUACCAAAGUUAUUGCCAAUUGGUCCAUUAUUGAGAAGCUAUGAUGACAAUCAAGGUGUAUCUGAAAGAUCAUUGGGACAGUUCUUGGAAGAAGAUCUCUCUUGUGUACAGUGGCGGAUCUACGGGGCCUAAGGUGGCCAUGGUCCUCCCCAAAAUUUUUUUAAAAAAUAGUAAAUAGUAAUAAUUAAUAAUAUUAAAAUUUUUUAUAUAUAAUAUUAAAAAAAAAUAUAUAAGUUACAAAAUUUUAUAAAUUAAAAUAACUAAAAACUGCGCUAUGUAUUAGAUAUUUG